CUACACUAAACUACCAGCCUACAAGAAUCUAAAAACUUCACAGUCAAAUUGACAAAUUGAAUGUGAGACUAGAUAUAUAAAUUGGAGCUGUAUAUAAAUUUGUUCAUUUGUGUAUGGAAUGCUUCAGACCUAAUUAAUCACAAGAAAAAAUAACUUCCUCUGCAUAACUCUUUGUUAGAAAUGGGCUCCCAAACUGCUUUGAAGCUUCCAGUCAUUGAUUUCACUAAACCAGAUCUAAAACCUGGCACGGUUGUGUGGAAUUUGGUGAAAAGCCAAGUCGAACAAGCCCUACAAGAGUAUGGUUGCUUUGAGGCUUUGUUCCACAAGAUCCCUCUCGAGAUCCGAGAGGCAAUAUUGGGAGCCGUGGAAGAGCUUUUUGACCUCCCUUUACAAAUCAAAACUCGCAAUGUUUCCAAACUGCCUUAUAAUGGGUAUAUUGGUCAAUACCCUCAUCUAUCAUUGUAUGAGAGCAUUGGCAUUGAUGAUCCAAACAAUAUGGAAAAAGUUGAAGCCCAGACUAGUACCUUUUGGCCUGAAGGAAACACACGUUUCAGCAAAACUGUACAAUCAUUCUCAAAGCAAUUGUCGGAGUUAGAUGAAAUGAUAAGAAGAAUGAUAUUGGAGAUUUUCCAUCUUGAGAAAUAUAUUGAUGAGCAUAUGAACUCGACAAACUACCUUCUUAGGGUAAUGAAGUAUAAAGAGCCAAAAACCUCUGAAACACAGCUUGGACUAUCCGCUCACACAGACAAGAACCUAUUGACCAUAUUGUAUCAAAAUGAGGUUCACGGAUUGGGGGUACAGAGCAACAAGGAAGAAUGGAUCGAUGUGAAACCCUCCAAAGACUCUUUCAUUGUCUUCGUUGGGGAAUGUCUCCAUGCAUGGUUAAAUGGGCGAUUGAAGGCUACUUAUCAUCGCGUGAUGAUGAGCGGAGACAAGCCAAGGUACUCGCUUGGACUGUUUUCAUUCCCAAAAGGAGGUUGCAUAAUGAAGGCACCAGAGGAGCUAGUGGAUGAAGCACACCCCUCUCUCUAUAAGCCCUUUGAUUACGCUGAGUUCUUGAAAUUCUGCUACUCCGAGGAAGGUCGAAUACCUAAAUCUGCUAUUAAAGCUUACUGUGGUGUCUAAAAUUGGGCUCUAUGUAUAAACAGUUUCCAUCUUA